AAAUAAGCCAACUUUUAUUCUGCGUGCUGUCUCCUGAAACUCAAAACAGGUACGAUCGCCUCCAAGUCUAUUCUCUUUCAAUGUACGGAGGCUCAUCGAAGCUCGGCCGCAACGGCGGUGGCGGUGCGGCCCGAGGAAUCGGAGCCAAGCGGCCCAACUCCUCACACCCUCUGCCGCCGCCGCACCGCCAGUCAGGCCAAGCAGGAGCCGGCCGCCUAUCCAUCGGCGGGCGUGUCUCCGGCUCGGCGUCCAAUCCCCGCAGCCGCGGCUCCAUCCAAUCCGCUGCGCCAGCAGCCGUGGAAGAGAACUUCAGCCUUGUUCCGGGGAACAACCCGCCCGCCUUCGCUAUGAUCAUACGGCUUGCGCCGGACUUGGUCGAUGAGAUCAAGCGCCUGGAGGCUCAGGCUGGGACUGCGCGUAUUAAAUUCGACGUGACUGCGAGUAAUUCUUCUGGGAAUGUUAUUGAUGUGGGUGGGAAGGAGUUUAGCUUUACAUGCUCGCGAGAAACUGGCGACCUAUGUGACAUUUAUGAGGAAUGCCAAAGUGGUGAAGAUGGGAAUGGGUUGCUUGUUGAAUCUGGGUGUGCCGGGUGGAAACUGAAUGUGAAACGUGUAUUGGAUGAAUCAACAACGAAACAUGUUAAGAUGAUGUCAGAGGAAGCUGAACGCAAGCUUAAAGCACGCAAAGCCAUUGUCUUAGACCCUGGGAACCCACCUUCGAAGAGUCAGAUAAAGGAAAUAGCUGCUGUUGAGACUAAUGCAUGGAGGCCUUACAAACAAAAGAAAGAGCCUGCAUUUAAGAAGCGCAAGGUUGAACCACCCCAAGUUGGUGGCCUCCAUAAAUCUGCCUACAAAUCUGGAUUAUCCUCGACAACUACAGCAAAGAGCAGACAGACAUCUCCAUCUCUUCUAUCUCCACCAGAGCAAUCAAGUCUUCCAGCAGCUCCACUGGAGAAUGCAAAUAUAUCUAAGAGUCAUGCGACUAUCGAAGAUCCAAUGCCCUCUCAGCUCAUCAGUAAAGUGAAAGCUGCUCCUACCUCCGAGAAAGAAAUCCCAACCAAGACUACUAAUGUAGUACGGGAAACACCAGGACGCAAAAGAAAUGUUGGAGCUAAACCAAUGGAUUUGCAAAGCAUGUUGAUUAAUUUACUCACAGAGAAUCCAAAGGGUAUGAGCUUAAAGGCCUUGGAGAAAGCUAUUGGAGAUACAGUUUCCAACUCUGUAAAGAAGAUUGAGCCAAUUAUUAAAAAGAUUGCAACUUUUCAAGCACCAGGAAGAUACUUCUUGAAACCCAGGGUGGAGCUGGAAACCCUCAAGAAACCUUUGUCUGAAAGCGGAAGUUCUCCAGAGGAUAACAGUCACCAGAUGCCUACUGCUGAGGACAAACAUGGUCAGACACGUGCUGCAGAACCAAGCUUUGAAGAGAAAGUCUCUCCUGAUGAAUUGGAAGAACCGGUAUACUUGGGCUCUAAACUUGGAGAAACAACUGCAUUGGCAAAGAUGGAAGUCCAACAACAUUCACCUGAUCUGUUUGGUGAAAAGAUGGGCUCUGAUAAUAGUGAAGCGCAAGCUGGCAGCUCUAGCAAUAGUGGGAGUGAUAGUGAUAGUGAAAGUGGCAGCAGUGAUAGUGCAAGUGACAGUGGAAGCCAUAGUAAGAGCAGAAGCAGAAGCAGAAGCCCGGUGGGUAGUGGGAGUGGGAGUAGCAGUGACAGUGAAAGUGAUGCGUCUUCCAACAGUAAGGAGGGUUCUGACGAGGAUGUAGAUAUAAUGACAAGUGAUGAUGAGAAAGAACCCCAAUGUAAAUUGCAGCCCUCUGAGCCUGGAUUCUCUUCCUCACCCAUUCCAUGGAAAAGUACUGGUGGCAAGACUGUACAGAGUGGAAUUGCUGAGAAGCAAGAUGAUCAAGGAUCUGAUGCAGUUGAGAUUGAAAAAGACUUCCCCAAUGUUGAACAUGGAACGGAAAUGGCUGUAGAAACUAGCCCGAUUCCUGACAAAGAGGGUGGAAAAUGGAUAGAAGAGACCAAACCAUUUUCCCCUGAUCAUGAUGAUGUCCCUGAGCACCCGAAUUAUGCAAUAAGUUCAUUUACGGAAAGGGAAAAUGCAGUCAAGGACAGCUUCAAACAUGAGCAGUCUGACAGCUCUGAAAGAACAUUGAAAGGGAAACCCAAAAGGGGUUCUGAUGUGAAGCACUUCAAAGAGAAAUCUGAUGGUGCAAAAAGGUUAAAAGCAGAUGUCCAACCUUCUAUUUCUGGGGUUCGGGAUGCUCAAUUCUCAGAGAGCUCUCACAAUUUAUCCCCUGAUAGAUUCGGUGGAAACCCUUAUAAGGGUCCUACCAUUCUAGCAACAAAUAGAGCUGUUAGGGAUGGGAAUCCUGAUAUUGUCUUACAAAAAGGAUACAACCAGGUAUUUCCUGGAAGAUCUAGUUCAGAUUUCCAGCAAUCUGGUCGAAGGUCCUUUGAUCAAAGCACGAGGGCAAAGGCUCCCGAUACAGCAGAGAAACCUGAUGAUCGUGCUGAGAGUGGCCGCAAAUACUCUGAAAGGAAUGUUCAAAGUUUCUCUGUGCAAAAAGAUAAACUUUAUAGAGAUACGCCAAAUGAUGGCUAUGCCAAUGAGAAAAAGGUUUCAAAAAAUUUCAAAGAAGGUGGUUCUGGUGGCAAACAAUCAGUGCCAUUUGACUCACAUUACCGGAAACAUGGUGAAGGUGGACAGUUUUUGAGUUCUCUCAUGGGAUCUUCGCCAAGGGAUAAUAUUACAACAGGAGUGAAUGUAUCACCCGUGGUUAAUGGGAAAGGCAGUAUACUUCAGAGAGAGCUUUCAGACUUGGAGUUGGGUGAACUUCGCGAGCCCUGGCCUGAGGAAACACCAGUUAAAAAGAAACUUGAAAGCAAAAACUCUUUUAAACAGUCAGACAAUAAACCGUGCUCUUCAGAUAACUGGAAUUCGGAUUCAAGUAAAGGAAAACCUGUUGGAAAGACAACUUCAGAAUCAGGAAAGCCAUCCCCGCCCAAUCUAAAUUCUGGGAUUUGUAGCAAUCUAGAAGGCUCAAAUAAAAAGAGGAACACAGAAGAUCAGGCUGAAGUUGUGCCACAUUUUAACAAAUUGGCAGAUGGGAGUAAUAAAUCUAGACAGAAUGAAGUAAAAGCUAGCCAAGGGUUUGGUCUGGAAAGCUACAGUGAGAGCAAUAAGAAAACACCAGUAAGUGCUCCUCAACAGCAUGAUGCUAAACGAGUGCUAGUUUCUCACUCCAUAAAGGAAACCAAAAAACAAACAUCUAAUACAAUGGUAGAGUUGACUGAUGGAAGAAAGGAUUCCAUUUGGGCUGAGGGAAAUAAUAGUGAUCGUAAGAGGAGGGAUUCCUCUUCUGAUGAGAAUAGUUGUUCUUAUUCCAAGUAUGAAAAGGAUGAGCCAGAGCUGAAGGGACCAAUAAAGGAUUUUUCUCAGUAUAAUGAAUAUGUGCAAGAUUUUCGUGAUAAGUAUGAUAGUUAUUCUUCCUUGAACAAGAUUCUGGAGAGUUACAGGAAUGUUUUCCAUAAACUGGAAAAAGACCUUAACUUUGCCAAAGGCAGGGAUAUGGAGAGAUAUAAUGACCUCAAGUUGCAGUUGAUGGAUUCCUAUCGUCAAUGUGGAACGAGACAUAAAAGGCUGAAGAAAAUAUUUAACGUGCUUCAUGAAGAAUUAAAGGACCUCAAGCAAAGGAUUAAAGACUUUGCAGUCUCGUUUGAAAAAGAUUGAGGAGAAAAUCUUACGCACUCUUGUAUACAAGAAGGUAAAAUAUCUUCAUUUAGGAAAUGAAUGUUAUCCGGGGGAUGAUCGUGGAAGAACGCCAGAAAGGAAGUUAUGCUUUGUUGUUCAAGGCAGAACAUUUUCUGGUGAUGACCGUGAAGAUUAAGGAACCACAUCAGAAUGCCAAUUUUGCUACAAAGAGAAGAGAGCUCCAGUUAGAUUGGAUGUCAUGUCCACAAGUUUUGUUCAUACCCCCAUAAUCCCAUGUAUAUGCACGUAGUGCCCUCUGUACAUUCCCCUUGUACUCAAGACUGGCCUUUUUGUUUUUGUUUGGCCACCUUUUCUGGGACUGGGAAUUUGGACUUGUUUACACAACUUUAAUGUUUUUGUACAUUUUGCUAAUCCUUAUAAAGUGUUCUCCCAUUUUCCCGUGUGAGAGGGGGAAAGAAAGGAAGACUGGGAGAUGCGAAAAACUCAUCUUUAAUUUAUGGAAAGCAGUUGUGAUUUCAUUA